AUGAAAGUUUCUAAUAUCAACUCCGUUUUAUUUCUCGCUUCUCAGUUGGCUUCUGCCGCUGGCGGUGAGAUUGUCACUGUGACUGAGACAUCUACAGUCUGCUCCACCAAGACCCUAACAGUGCCAAUGACUGUCACAGUCACGCCAAAGCCGGCGCCUCCUGUGCGUCCUUCCAAAGUCGCGAAGCUCGCCAAUGAGAUGAACUUCAUCUUCAACAUGGCUGGUGCCAUCAAGUCGUGUCUGCCUGACUCUGGCAUAACUGUGCCACCCAGCUGGGCGCGCGUGCAAUGCACAUUCUAUGUGUUCAACCUGAUGCUUUCCCUAACCAUUAACAUCAUUGGUGGUAAGGACCACCACGAGUUUUGGAAGAAAAGGCAACAGCAAUGGAGGGAGUGGGAGGAGAAGUACUGGCAAGAAGCGGGCGACGGCGAAGACGAGGGCGAUUGCUCUGAUGAGGAAGAGAGCUCCACUGACCCUCACGGGAAUGCGGUGGCCACCAACGACAACGCUUUGCUAUCUUUCAAGACCACGAAGAUGCUCAUGGACAAGCUCGGUGUGCAGGUGUACCCUUACAUGAACGAAACCACUUUGCAAGAGUGUGUGCACUACAAGUUUGUCAAGGACCGCUACAAGGACUUACUGGGCCAGGACCUGGUCGAAGGCACCGUGUGCUUGUCUCAGCAUGGAUUAGCAACUUUUGUGAAGUUGCCAGACAACAGUGCAGAAGACACAGAGGACGGCAAAGACAGCGGUACUGGUGCUACGGGUGGUGAACUCUUGGACUACCAAAGCUUCAUGAACAAGUUGCGGCCACAGAUGUACGUGAAGAAGUUCGACAAGUACCUGCACAACAUCAAGCAGGCCAAGUUCAUGACCACCUGGCAGCUCAUCAACUUCAAGCAGUACUCCAAGGACAUCAUGCGCGAGCUCGCCUAUGUGACGGACCAGCUGCGGGACCCCGACCACAAACACAUCUCCUUCGAGCUCAAAAACAAGGAGGACCCAGCGGAUCUCACACCAAUGAUGAGUUUCAACAUAUUGUGA